CUCGAGACCCUGUGGCGCUAUAGUGACUGUAGCCGUGGAGACAGUUACUUACCAACGGGCGCAACACUCAGCAACAGCAGCAGCAGCAUCUGGAAGUCACCGGGCGAGUGGGAGAGAGGGCUGAACUUUUGUGAAAACAAAGCAUGCAGAACUCGGAGGGAGCGUCGGACACCACGACUGGUGUGGCAGCUCUGCGGUCCUCGUCAUCAGCCCAGGCUCCUGUGGUGCAGCCUGUCCCAGCGUCUCAGCAGAGGGUGCUGGUUCAAGCCACAGGCUCAGCUCAGAAAGGAGGACAAGUACAACAGCUUUCAGUGUCCAGGGUCCAACAGGUCCCUCAGCAGCAGGUGCAACAUGUCUACCCAUCCCCAGUCCAGUAUGUAGGAGAAAGUGGAGAUGCUGUUUAUACCAAUGGAACUAUUCGCACAGCCUACUCCUAUAACCCUGAGAGUCAGCUGUAUGGGCAGAGCAGUGGGGGGACCUACUUUGACUCUCAGGCCGGUGGAGCUCACGUCACCACGGUGGUCUCCUCUGCUAGUAGUGGUGUGCCCCCUCAUGGCAUGGUUGGCAUCACCAUGGACGUGGGCAGCAGUCACAUCAUUUCCAGUGGCAGCACCUACCUGAUUCAUGGCGGGAACAUGGAGGGAAGCCGCAACCACAUAUCACACUCAUCACGCUCCUCCUCAGCUAUGCUUGAAAUGGCGAUUGAAAACCUCCAAAAGUCUGAAGGAAUUGCAAGUCACAAAAGCAGCCUGCUCAACAGCCAUCUGCAGUGGCUGCUGGACAACUACGAGACGGCGGAGGGGGUGAGCCUGCCCCGAUGCUCACUGUAUAACCAUUACUUGAGGCACUGUCAAGAACAGAAACUGGAUCCGGUCAAUGCAGCCUCCUUUGGGAAACUCAUCCGCUCCGUCUUCAUGGGCCUGAGGACUCGCCGCCUCGGCACCAGAGGCAACUCUAAGUAUCAUUACUAUGGCAUCCGAGUGAAGCCAGAUUCACCCCUCAACCGGCUGCAGGAGGACACCCAGUACAUGGCCAUGAGGCAGCAGCCAGUCCACCAGAAACAGAGGUUCAAGCCUCUACAGAAGGUGGACAGCAUGUCUGACAGCCUGUGUGGCAGCUCCCAGCACUGCAGCAGCACUCCAGAGCAGUCAGUAGCUGCUCAGAGCCAACAUCAUCAGCAGUAUAUAGAUACCGCUCACUCCCUGCCUCCUUUUCCCUCCCCUGACCUGGGCACCCAGCCUCUGCCUGAGCGCAUCAGCAUGAGUGACAUCAAGAAGUUGCAAACGCUCUACAGAGGCCACUGCGAGGCCACUUUGGAUGUGGUGAUGAAUCUCCAUUUCCACUACAUCGAGAAUCUCUGGCAGACCUUUUGGAAUUCAACACCACCACCUAGUGACGGAAGCACAACCCUCCCCAGCAGCGAUGACGACCUGGAUCGUGUGAUUCCCAGAGAGAAGCUGAUCUCUCUGUGUAAAUAUGAACCAGUCAGACUGUGGAUGAGAAGCUGUGAUCACAUCCUCUACCAGGCUCUGGUGGAGAUCCUCAUCCCCGACGUGCUGCGUCCUGUUCCCAGCACGCUCACUCAGGCCAUCAGAAACUUUGCCAAGAGUCUGGAGGGCUGGCUCACUAACGCCAUGAGCAGCUUCCCACAGGAGAUCGUUCGCACUAAGGUGGCAGUGGUCAGUGCGUUUGCUCAGACUUUGAGGCGAUACACCAGCCUCAACCACCUGGCCCAGGCGGCUCGCGCCGUCCUCCAGAACACCUCUCAGAUAAACCAGAUGCUCUCUGACCUCAACAGGGUGGACUUUGCCAACGUCCAGGAGCAGGCUUCCUGGGUGUGUCAGUGUGACGAGAGCGUGGUCCAGCGUCUGGAGCAGGACUUUAAGGUCACCCUGCAGCAGCAGAGCUCUCUGGACCAGUGGGCCACCUGGCUGGAUAACGUGGUCUCUCAGGUCCUCAAACCUCACCAGGGCAGCCCCAGUUUCCCCAAAGCAGCUCGCCAGUUCCUGCUCAAGUGGUCGUUUUACAGCUCGAUGGUGAUCAGGGAUCUGACCCUGCGCAGCGCUGCCAGUUUCGGCUCCUUCCACUUGAUCCGCCUGCUCUAUGACGAGUACAUGUUUUACCUGGUGGAGCACCGCGUGGCCCAGGCCACUGGAGAAACUCCCAUCGCUGUUAUGGGGGAGUUCAGUGACCUGAGCUCCAUGAUGCCUUCACUCAUGGAGAAAGAUGCGUCCUUCUCAGACGAGAUGAAUUUGGGCAGCGAUGGCGACGCGUCCACCGGUCCAGCUGAGCCAGCUGUGAAGAGGGAGCGGAUUGAACUGAGCCACCCUCUGCAGGAGAUGUGAGUCCAGUCCAGCAACAGGAACCAGCGUCUCUCCCUUCUUCAGCAGUGAGCGUGUGAUGUAAAUAGAGAAGGAUGUAGCAGCAUCGUCAGCCCUCC